AACAGUUUAAGUGCAAGGAAAUUAACCUGUGAUCAUAUUAAUAAUAAGCAACCUACUCUGAUGUCAAUAAUUUAUAGCAUUAACAUGUAGUCAAAAGGAACCUGGAACGAACCCUAAUUCUAGAAGAGACGAUUCUCAAAACCGGUGGAGUUGCAUAUGAGUAGUUUCUAUUCAAAUACGAUAAAUAUCAAUAAAAAUGAUAUUGCAUUUUAUCAGCAUUCACCAAAUACAAAGUACUUAAUAGUUAAGAACCACAUAUUCCAUAAAAAUAGUUCAUCAAAUAACAACACAUAUUGGCGAUGUCGAUAUUUCCGUCGUAUGCAUUGUCACGCUCGAGCGGUAUCAAAACCCAAUGCAGUAAUAUUAACAUGUCCUGUUCAUAAUCAUGCACCAAUGUAUCAGGAACGUGAGAUUGUCUUGCAGAAUAAACUGAAAAAAAUGGAUAAUAGUAAGGUGAAUGGUGAUGAUGGUGCCGAUGGUGAUAAUAGCGGUGGUACGGUGAAUGGUAACAAUACUACUGGGAGUAAAGUCAAUAAUCGUAGGAAGCGUUAACUUUAACAACUGAUUUUUUAAGUGCUUGAUUAAACACUUAGGUAUAUACAUAGGUAAUGAUUGAAAUUCGUUUCCGUGAUCUCCAAUGGAAUCAAUUGCAUGGAGUUAUUUAUUUAAUCGUCGUAGAAUGCUAUAUGCAUAAUGGAAGUAAAAUGUAGUCAUAAAGAAUCUCUGAUCAUUUUUAAAGUAUUUACUUCUAUGCCAAAAGAUAAAUAGAUUUUUAAGGAUCUCUUUUUGAGUUAUACAUCGAAGCAACUCACAUUUUAAGAAAAUUGCUAGUUUGUGCAAAUUUUUAUUUCUAUAAUUUUACAGUUUUUUCUAAACAACAUACGUAAUAAUUUUUGAAUAUUUCUUAGCAAAACACAGUAAGCUACUUCUUCUCGGACUCCAGCAUCUCCGCAGCCAAGCUGUCCGGGGUCUCGCUUUUGCCCAGCACCUGGUUUAAGUCCCUCCUCUCCAUCGCAAAUCUUGGGUAGUGAAACAUCACAUGCUCUGGAUCCUCCGGUAUUCUAUCGCAUCUGGGACAAUUCGGAUAAUCAUCCAACCCAAAGCGGUACAGAUGCCUGUAGCAACCACCGUGUCCCGUGAGGAACUGGGUAAUGUGGUAGUUGGUUUAACAUGUUUCCGCUCAGGUAACACCCUAAUAUUGGGAAUGAGCCUGUGCGUCCACCGACCUUUCGUAAGCUCGUCCCAUCUGUGUUGCCAGAGAUGAUGUGACUGUGACUUUGCCGCAUUUCUACGCUGUGCGUGUCCCUCCAUACGUCUUGGAUGGUACAGGAUACUCAUUUUUUUUUAACCAGAAUGCCAACAGGGAUCAUGCCUGCCACCACCAAUACUGCCUCAUCUGAUGUGGUUCUAAAAGCACUGCAAACCCUCAAAGCCAUCAGCCGGGAAACCGAGUUCACCUGCUUUCGUCUCUGAGAGUUUGCAAGCCCCUCUGCCCCCACAGGUGACUAGUAGAGCAGGAUGGAGUGCACCACUUCGGCUAGCACCAACCUCCGGCAGUGUUUCGGCCCACCAAUAUUUGGCAACAUUUUUGCAAGUGCUGUGGUGGCACUGGCUGCCUUUUGACAUGCAUACUCUAGGUUUUCUCUAAAACUGAAUUUGGUGUCAAUUAUUACGCCCAGGUAUUUUAUAGUUGGCUUUGAUACGGCCGUAUAUCCACCGAGCUCCACUUUCACAGUGUUAUUUUUCCUGCGGUUCGUUAUAAAGACCGCUUCCAUUUUCGCGUCCGCCAAGGACAGGCCGGCCUUUUCUAGCCAGGACUUUACC